AUGUCCUUGUGGAGUGCAGCACCAUCACCAGUUCAGUUCACCACCAUGGCAAUCACCCCGGAGCAGUUGCUGACCCUGGAGAGACUCGCGGAGUCCCCUCCGCCAUCCCCGUCCCUCUACCUUGAUAUCCCUCAACCGUCCCACAGCUUUAGCAUCGGCGACCCAGUGCUCCCAUACAUCACGCGCAUUCUCAUGGAGGAGGACAUAGACGACAGGUUCUUUUACCUGUACCCCAACCAUCCUGCCCUCCUCCAGGCGCAGCAGCCAUUCUCCCAAAUCCUAGAUGACGCCAAGGAUUUGCAAUCCGGCAAAGAGGGUGACACGGAGAGGAGGAGUUCUGAUGCAUCUUUGCGGGGUGUUCGUGGGGGGAGCCUGUUCUUGGCCGACAAGGGCAUCCAAGGUUGGGCCUUUGAUGGGGCUGAGAUGGACAAUAACGUUGAUCAGAGCAAGCUCCCCUCCAAUGAAGUCAUGCUUAACUUGGCAUUCUUGACGGGCAUGGAGGAGGCCAACAAGUUCUUGCCUAGAGACGACAAGCUACAGGCUGGUGCUUUCACCGAGGGCCAAGCAAGAGAGAUUGUUGGGCGAAGUGGUUGUGGUCGGGGGAGGAAGGGACGGGCUGAUGGGGACAAGGAAGAGGAAGUGGUGGGCAGGGCCAGCAAACUGAUGGUGCCGGAGCUGGAGGAGGAUGGUGCCAGCGAGUUGUUCGACAAAAUGAUGCUGGAAAGUUACAAGCUCCGAUUUGAUGCGAUGGAUGAGCUAGAAAUCACAAUGGGAAAUAUCACAGCUGAGAAAAGAAAUAAGAGGGCUGUGCGGGGAAAGCAGGGAAAGAGAGAGGCGGUGGACUUGCGCGGGCUGUUGCUAAGCUGCGCACAGGAGGUGUCCACCGGCAACCGCCAGGGUGCGGGCAAUCUGCUGAAACAGAUCAGGGCACAUGCGUCAGCGAAUGGUGAUGCCGCUCAGCGUCUGGCACAUUGUUUCGCCGAGGGGCUUGAGGCUCGACUGGCGGGCACGGGGAGCCAGGUGUACAAGUCUCUCAUGGCUAAGCACACCUCCACCAUGGAGUUCCUCAAAGGGUAUGAGCUGUACAUGGCUGCCUGCUCCUUCAGGAGGGUGGCGUUCACAUUUGCCAGCAUGACCAUCUUCGAUGCAGUGGAAGGGAAGAGGAGGUUGCACAUUGUGGACUAUGGCUUGCAUUAUGGGUGCCAGUGGCCUGGCUUGCUGUGUUGGCUGGCGAGUAGGGAAGGCGGACCACCAGAGGUGAGGAUCACUGGGGUUGACCUCCCCCAGCCUGGUUUCCGCCCAGCUAAGAGGAUUGAGGAGACAGGGCGGGCGCUCAAGAACUGUGCCCGUCAGUUCGGCUUGCCGUUCAAGUUCCAUGCCAUCACGGCCAAGUGGGAGACUAUCCGCGCGGUGGACCUCAACAUCGACCCUGAGGAGGUGCUUGUGGUGAAUGACUUGUUCAAUUUCAACACUUUGAUGGACGAGAGCCUUGUUAUCGACAGACCCAGUCCCAGGGAUGUGGUCCUAAGGAAUAUCCAGAAGAUGCGGCCAGAUUUGUUCAUCCAAGGUGUUGUGAAUGGUUCGAGCGGCCCAUUUUUCUUGGCACGGUUCCGAGAGGCGCUCUUCUUUUACUCAUCGGUGUUCGAUAUGCUUGAAGCCACCACACCGCCGGAGAGCUAUCAGCGUUUGGUGCUCGAGCGAGACAUGUUCGGGCAGUGUGCCUUGAAUACUGUUGCCUGUGAGGGUGCAGACCGAGUCGAGCGCCCUGAGACAUAUAAACAGUGGCAGCUGAGAAACCAACGGGCAGGCCUGAGGCAGCUGCCAUUAAAGCCAAUUAUCACUAAGGUGGCAACAGACAAGGUCAAGAGCCUGUAUCACAAGGACUUCGUUGUCGACGUGGACCAGGGGUGGUUGCUGCAGGGAUGGAAGGGGCGAAUCCUCUAUGCACACUCGGCAUGGGUAGUAGACGACACUAGCUCUGAUUAUUAG